AUGUUGACUGCAAGAAUCAUCAGACACCACAACCCCCAAACCACGGCUGCUCGCAGAAACCCCUUCGACAUCAAAACCGUGGUGGUCAAGGACUCCGACAUUGAAAAGCACGACGACAAGGAGUUCAUCACCCAUCAUAUCUUCCCCCACCCUUGGUUUUCCACCCCCGAGUGUGAGGCCAUCCACUACGCCCACAGAGAGCCCAAGACCAUCGGCGACACCAUUGCUUUCAGAUGGAUCCAAUUUUUCCGGAGCUCUUUCGACUUCGUCACUGGGUACCGCAAGCCUAAGAACGCCCAGGAGGUUCAGGACGGGUUCGCUGGUACCCGCUACCAGAUGACCGAAGGCAAGUGGCUCACCAGGUGCAUCUUUUUGGAAUCGGUCGCCGGAGUGCCUGGAGCCGUGGCCAGCUUCUUGAGGCACCUCCACUCCAUCAGACUCUUGAAACGUGACAAGGCCUGGAUUGAGACCCUCUUGGACGAGGCCUACAACGAGAGAAUGCAUCUCUUGACUUUCAUCAAGAUCGGCCAACCCUCGUGGUUUACCAAGCUGAUUAUCUACGUGGGACAGGGAGUAUUCUGCAACCUCUUCUUCCUCUUCUACUUGGUGAAUCCCAAGUACUGCCACCGGUUCGUGGGGUACCUCGAAGAAGAGGCGGUCAGCACCUACUCGCACUUGAUAGAGGAGCUCGACAUGGGCAAGUUACCUGCUUUCGACCACCUCCUGGUGCCCACCAUCGCCGUCCAGUACUGGCCAGAACUCACGGAUAAAUCCACCUUCAGAGACUUGAUCUUGAGAAUCAGAGCGGACGAAGCCAAGCAUAGAGAGGUCAACCACACCUUGGCCAACUUGGACCAAGACACAGACCGUAACCCAUUUGCACUCCAGGUGGAGGGUUUGGACAAACCUCAGCCCGAAAACGGCUUGAAAACUCACAGACCUACCGGUUGGGAAAAGGAAGACUUGAAGCUUUAG